CACCAAACGAUGAAGAAGUCUUCGUUCUACUUCCGGGUUAAAGUGUAUAGUUUCUGCAGUGUCUUUUUUCUCAUAUUUCAAUUUUGCUUCACCAACUAACCAUGUCUCUGGAAAUUGAAUCGGCAGAUGUGGUCCGACUCAUAAUGCAGUACCUGAAGGAGAAUAACCUGCACAGGUCGCUGGCGACCCUCCAGGAGGAGACCACCGUGUCCCUGAACACGGUGGACAGCAUCGACAGCUUCGUGGCCGACAUCAACAGCGGCCACUGGGACACUGUCCUCCAGGCCAUUCAGUCCCUCAAGCUGCCUGACAAGACCCUCGUGGACCUUUACGAGCAGGUUGUGCUAGAGCUCAUCGAGCUGAGAGAGUUGGGAGCGGCGCGUUCCCUCCUCAGGCAAACCGAUCCGAUGAUCAUGUUAAAGCAGACCCAACCGGAGAGGUACAUCCAUCUGGAAAACCUGCUGGCUCGCUCCUACUUCGAUCCACGCGAGGCGUAUCCGGAUGGCAGCAGCAAGGAGAAGCGUCGGGCGGCCAUAGCUCAGGCUUUAGCGGGGGAGGUCAGCGUGGUGCCACCAUCCCGUUUGAUGGCUCUGUUGGGCCAGUCGCUCAAGUGGCAACAGCAUCAGGGUCUUCUUCCGCCUGGAAUGACCAUCGACUUAUUCAGAGGUAAAGCAGCUGUCAAAGAUGUGGAAGAUGAGCACUUCCCCACGCAGCUCAGCAGACAAAUCAAGUUUGGUCAAAAGUCCCAUGUGGAAUGUUCCAGAUUCUCCCCUGACGGUCAGUACUUGGUGACCGGUUCAGUGGAUGGCUUCAUUGAGGUGUGGAACUUUACAACGGGCAAAAUCAGAAAGGAUCUGAAGUACCAAGCUCAGGAUAACCUGAUGAUGAUGGACGACGCAGUGUUGUGCAUGUGCUUCAGUCGAGACACGGAGAUGUUGGCUACCGGCGCCCAAGAUGGAAAGAUUAAGGUUUGGAAGAUCCAGAGUGGCCAGUGUUUGAGGAGGUUUGAACGCGCACACAGUAAGGGAGUCACCUGCCUUACUUUUUGCAAGGACAGCAGCCAGAUUCUCAGUGCCUCCUUUGAUCAGACCAUCAGGAUCCAUGGACUUAAGUCGGGCAAGUCCCUGAAAGAGUUCCGCGGCCACUCGUCGUUCGUUAACGAAGCCACGUUCACCCCGGACGGCCACCACAUUCUCAGCGCUUCCUCCGACGGCACGGUCAAGGUGUGGAACUUGAAGACAACCGAGUGCAGCAGCACCUUCAAGCCGCUGGGCUCGUCCGCCGGAACAGACAUCACCGUCAAUAACGUCCUCCUCCUGCCAAAGAACCCGGAACAUUUUGUCGUGUGCAACCGUUCCAACACGGUGGUCAUCAUGAACAUGCAAGGACAGAUCGUGAGGAGUUUCAGUUCCGGUAAAAGGGAAGGCGGCGACUUUGUGUGCUGCACGUUGUCGCCGCGUGGCGAGUGGAUCUACUGCGUCGGAGAAGACUUUGUGCUCUACUGUUUCAGCACCGUCACUGGCAAGCUGGAGAGAACGCUGACGGUCCACGAGAAGGACGUAAUCGGCAUCGCCCACCAUCCCCACCAGAACCUCAUCGCCACUUACGGCGAGGACGGCCUUCUUAAACUGUGGAAGCCCUGAAAAGAUCCCGGAUGUGUACUUGAACGUGACAGGACGCGAAGGUGGAUUAGAGUUUUGAGGUUUUUGUGGAUUCCCCACUCCCCAUUUGUUUUUGUUUUCCAUAUUUGUAAAUAUUUUUUAGGACUUUUUAUUCUUAUGUACAUUUUUUUUUCACUUGAAGUACCAAUGAUAUACAGUCCAAUUGCAACAUGCAUUUUAAGCAAGUCAACAAUGGGAUUACGCUCAUCUGUGUUAAAAAAGCAACACACCCUUUCCCACUACUGGGUAACGGUGUUCAUUCAAUGUCUUGUGUUCCUUCUCAAAUAUGCGAUUAAAAAUGUUUUACU